AUGAAAAGUAAAUCAAAAGCCAAUUACUCCCAAAUAUUUGCCGCAGUUGAAAAUUUGGCUAACCAAAGAGGUUUAUCAAUUUUUGGUAACAAAAAGGUGUUUUUAGGAGAUUUCGAAAUGGACGCUAUAACCACUUUUCAAAAAUGUUUUCCGGCCGUUGAAUUUCAGGGAUGCUACUUUCACUUUGCACAUAGCAUACUUCGUAAAAUAGAAAGUAGGAUUGUUGCUUGUUCUUGUGCUUAUCGUAACAACAACCACUUUAAAUUAUUUGUACGUCGGAUUAUUGGAACUGCGCUCCUACCUAUCGAAUUUAUUACCAUCAAAACACUUCAAUUGUUGUUCGAGGAGUUUAA